GAUGCGGGUCGGAACUAAAAUGCGGGCGCUUGGUGCUGCGCCCGGACACAUUUCAGUGUAACACCGCUACCCUGUCACGUUUAUGUGGGUGGUGGAGGUGAUGGUGGAGUUGUAGUUGUAGUUAUAGGAUGGAGGGUGGUGAUGUGAACAGUGCAGAGGGCAGCACAAUUCAGACCACAGACAGAGGAGAAGCAGCUCUGAAGACACAGUACAUCACAAACAAAGAGAAGUUUUAUGAGUUCCUGGCCACUGGAUUCAAGAGCGAGAAAGCUGAAGAUGAGAAAGCAUCAGCUGAAGUUCCCAUAGAUGGAGCAGAGGAACAGAGCAGAGAACCGGAGACGAAGAAGCGGAAAGUGGACGGUGAUGAACAGACGAAGGACAAGAAGAAACGGAGAGGCCAGAACAAGUCGAGACCUCACCUGAAACCUCACAGCUAUGAGGAUCGAAGACUCUGCCCCUCACUCAUUCAGGAGUCUGAGAGGAAGUGUUUCUAUGGUGAGAAGUGUAAGUUCAUCCAUGACGUGGCUGAUUACAUGUCCACCAAGCCGGAGGAUCUGGGAGACACCUGUUACCUUUACGACACCUUCGGCAGAUGUCCAUAUGGAGUCACCUGCAGGUUUGCUAAAGCUCACACAGGCCCAGAUUACAAAAACCUGGUGAACGAGGAGCUCCGUAAAAGCCUCGAUAGAACAGAAACUGUGCGGAACAGUCUGGAUAAAGAGCUCCAGAGACGUCUCAGAAAGAAACAAGUGUCCUUCAAAAGCUCGGAGAACUUCCUCAAGAGCAUCAGCGCGGGGAAAAAACAAGACGGGAAGUCGUCCAAGUCUGAAAACACACCAAAUGAGUUGAGACAGGAAGAGGAAGUGAGCCAGAGUGAGACCAGACAGGAAGGUCCUGCUGCUGAGUUCAAAACUGAGGAGAGUCAGACGAAGCCACCUCCUGUGAAGACCAUUGGGCCAUUAACAGAUGAUGACAUCAUCAAACUGCGCCCAUGUGAGAAGAAGCAGGUAGAUUUCAGAGACAAGCUUUACCUGGCUCCAUUAACAACGUGUGGGAACCUGCCAUUCCGGCGUGUGUGUAAGCGUUUUGGAGCUGAUAUAACGUGUGGAGAGAUGGCCAUGUGCACCAACCUGCUUCAGGGUCAGACGUCUGAGUGGGCUCUGCUCAAGAGACACCACACUGAGGAUGUGUUUGGAGUGCAGCUGGAAGGAUGUUUCCCCGACUCCAUGACCCGCUGUGCUGAACUCCUCAACCACAACAUCGACGUUGACUUUGUGGACAUCAACUCUGGCUGUCCUAUAGACCUUGUGUACAAGAAGGGUGGUGGCUGUGGCCUGAUGACCAGAACCAACAAAUUUGAGCAGAUAGUGAGAGGAAUGAACUCUGUUCUGGACGUGCCUUUAACGGUGAAGAUCCGUACAGGAGUGCAGCAGAACUGCAACAUCGCACACAAACUCAUCCCUGAGCUGAAGAAGUGGGGUGUGUCUAUGAUCACGUUACAUGGUCGAUCCCGAGAACAGCGUUACACCAAAUUGGCCGACUGGAGUUACAUCGAUACCUGCUCAAAACUCGCCGCUCCUGUCCCCUUGUUCGGUAAUGGUGAUGUUUUGUCGUAUGAAGAUGCUAUGAGGGCCAGAGAGACAGGAGUGUCUGGAAUCAUGGUAGCGAGAGGUGCCCUUAUAAAGCCAUGGCUCUUCACGGAGAUUAAGGAGCAGAGACAGUGGGACAUCUCAUCCUCAGAGCGUCUCCAGAUCCUUCAAGAUUUCACCCACUUUGGAUUGGAGCACUGGGGCUCGGACACACAGGGGGUGGAGAAGACGCGCAACUUCCUGCUCGAGUGGCUCUCCUUCACCUGCAGGUACAUCCCAGUGGGACUGCUAGAGCGUGUACAGAAGAUUAAUGAACGUCCUCCAUAUUAUUUGGGUCGUGAUUAUCUGGAGACUCUGAUGGCGAGUCAGCAUGUGGAUGACUGGAUCAGGAUCAGUGAGAUGUUGCUGGGUCCGGUGCCGAAGAACUUUAGCUUCCUGCCCAAACACAAAGCUAACGCCUAUAAAUAAGUGAAGUGGAAAUACAAAGCCUAAAGCUUUCAGUGAUGAGUUUCAGUGAUGAACAUCUGACUGAAAUAAAGCCUCUUUUAAAAU